CCAUGGCUGAAUCCCAAAGCCGUUCUCGCGUCUACUUCGACAUUCAGAUUGGCAACCAGAAGACUGGUCGCAUUGCUUUCGAACUGUUCAACGAUGUCGUUCCCAAGACGGCAGAGAACUUCCGUGCUCUCUGCACUGGAGAAAAGGGCAUUGGAAACCAGAAGAAGCCAUUGCACUUCAAGGGAUCGAUUUUCCACCGUGUGAUUAAGCAGUUCAUGAUCCAGGGUGGUGACUUCACUGCCUUCAACGGCACCGGCGGCGAGUCCAUCUAUGGCGAGAAAUUCCCAGACGAGAACUUUGACCUCAAGCACGACCGACCCUUCCUCCUGUCUAUGGCCAACUCCGGCCCCGGUACCAACGGUAGUCAGUUUUUCGUCACCACGGUUCCUACCCCCCACCUGGACGGCAAGCACGUGGUUUUUGGCGAGGUUAUCAACGGAAAGAGUGUUGUUCGCAAGAUUGAGAACAUGUCGACCCAGGCCGACAAGCCCACUUCCGAUGUGACCAUUGUGGAGUGUGGUGAGCUUACCGGCAAGGACUUCGAUGAGGCAGACAAGCAGGCUCUGGACGUUACCGGUGACCCGUACGAGGAUUUCCCUGAUGACCACACCGGCGAGGAGCUCAGUGCCCCCGUUUGCUUCAAGAUCGCGAGUGAAUUGAAGGGCUUCGGCAACACCGCCUUCAAAGCUGGAAACGUCAGCCUUGGCCUCGAAAAGUACCAGAAGGGUUUGCGCUACUUGAAUGAGUUCCCGCAGCCCGAGGACAACGAGCCCAAGGAGCUGGGCCCUCAGAUGCAGGCUCUCCGUUUCGCCCUUCACUCUAAUUCAUCUUUGCUUGCCAACAAGCUCGCUCAGUACCAGGAUGCCCAGAAUUGGGCUACCUAUGCUCUCGAGGUCGCCACCGCCGCCGCAGCCAAGGACUCCGACAAGGCCAAGGCUUACUACCGCCGUGCUGUCGCCCGUGGAGGCUUGAAGGAGGAGGACGCAGCGCUCAAGGAUCUUCAGGAGGCCGAGAAGCUGGCACCCGGUGAUGCCGGCAUCGCCAACGAAGCUGUCAAGAUCAAGAAGGCGAUCAAGGACAGAGAGGCCAAGGAGAAGGCGGCUGCUAGAAAGUUCUUCUCGUGAGGGAUUGGUCGUGAUUCAUGAUUCAUGAUACGUUUGUUUCCUCAUUUUUGCAUGAGACACAGGUUAACGGGGGUUUCAUCUCUCUCUGAACUUGAACCUCGAUGUUUUGUUCUAUGAAAUUCUU